AUGACCCCACCAAUUUGUACAACGAGCAAUGGGGCUCCAAUGCCUCGGUACGGUCUGACCGCAUCUGCCACUGCAGGAUCGACGGGACCGCUCCUCCUGCAAGACUUUGAGUUUAUCGACCACCUGUCACACUUCGAUCGCGAGCGAAUUCCUGAGCGUGUUGUUCAUGCCAAAGGUGGUGGAGCCUUCGGGUACUUUGAAGUGACCCACCCCGAGAUCACGGAGUACACGUGUGCCCACAUGUUCUCGGAAGUCGGCAAGCGCACGCCUGUCGCAGCUCGUUUUUCCUUUGUGACGGGCGAACAUGGCAGCCCGGACACGACUCGGGACCCCCGUGGAUUCGCCCUGAAGUUUUACACGGAGAAGGGGAACUGGGACCUCGUGUGCAACAACACGCCCAUCUUCUUCAUUCGCGACCCCAUUCUCUUCCCGAGCUUCAUCCACUCGCAGAAGCGUCUGCCCGUAUCAAACUUGAAAGAUGCCAACAUGGUGUGGGAUUUCUUUUCACUGCGACCCGAGUCACUGCACAUGCAAACGUGGCUCUUCUCGGACCGCGGGAUCCCCAAUGGCUACCGAUACAUGAACGGCUACGGCAGCAACACGUUUGCCAAUGUCAACAAGGAGGGACAAACGACUUACGUCAAGUACCAUUUCAAAACGAAUCAGGGGAUUCGCAACAUGCCAGUCGACGAAGCCGCUUUCUUGGCUGGUGCCGACCCAGACUACGCAAAUCGAGACUUGUUCGAAGCCAUCGAGGGUGGUGAUUUCCCGUCGUGGACGUUGUACAUUCAGACAAUGACUCCUGAACAAGCGAAGGAACAUAAGUUUAUUGCGUUUGACGUAACGAAGGUAUGGCCACAUGGUGAUUUUCCACUGAAAGAAGUCGGACGUCUCGUGCUCAACAAGAACCCGAGCAACUACUUUGCGGACGUGGAACAACUGGCCUUUGCACCUUCACACAUGGUGCCUGGCAUCGCGCCGUCACCGGACAAAAUGCUGCAAGGUCGGCUGUUCUCGUACCCGGACACGUUGCGUCACCGUCUGGGUAAGAACUAUCAGCAGAUUCCAGUGAAUCGACCGCUGAAGGACCCGCAGACGUACCAGCGCGAUGGCUUCUUCGUGGUGAACGGCAACAUGAACGGGGCACCAACCUACUUCCCGAACAGCCUGGGUGGACCGGUCGAAGAUGAGUCGCUGCGCUACCACACGUACGACGGCGAGCAUUCGGUGGUGGACAAGUACUCGUCCGCCUAUGACGACAACCUCUCGCAAGUGCGGGUUUUCUACCAGAAGGUGCUGGACGAGGAAGCGCGGGAGCGAUUGACGGACAACAUUGCCACCUCGCUCGUGAAUGCUUCCAAACCGGUGCAGGAGCGGACGCUGCAGAACUUCAACGAGGUGGAUGAGCAUUACGCCACCCGUGUGCGAGAAAAGAUGGAGCAAAUGGUGAAGGCGAAGGAGUCGGUGCCGAAGUCGAAGAAGCACAUCACUGCGCCACUCAAUCCUCCACGCAAGGCAUUUACGCCGGUGGCGCCGUAA